ACCUUUCAGGUUUUUUUUUUUUUUCAUAAUACACCGUUCUAUCACGCAGUUUUUUUCCCCCACUUCCACCAGGAGGAGUUGCCAUAAUAACCCUCCCCGGCAUCCGUGAUGAACCUGCCACCAUUUAUAGCCUCGCGGUGAGAAAACAAUCUUAUUAUGAGAUUUAAACUUUGCCUCAGCUAGACUUUGGAAGAAGGAGGAUCAACAUGCGCUCCUCUCGCACUUGUUUCACCCACAACUGAUACAGUAAAGCAACCUUUCUAGACACAAUACCUGCUCUGAUUGUGGUUAAACGCCGCUGUCAGCUCUCGGUGUAAUAGAAAAGCAGGUUCUCCGGGUUUGCUCAGCAUAAAUAUAAAGACGAGAGAGCUGAGAGGAGCUCAGCGCUGAAUGAAAUCACUCACCGACUAAAUGGAUCUUUGAGACUCUCCCUUGACGCAGUCAGUCGCUGCUGGUGUGCGCGUCUUCAACCAGGAGACAGAACAACUGGGAUUCUUUUUUUUUAUUUCAUUUUUUUAUUAUUAUUAUUAUUAUAAUCUAACAUCUCCUGUCUCUUGUGAAAAUGUCCUGUGGUGACAUACAGUAAAGCAGCCAGCUUUUGUAUCGAGAAGAAGAGGCUUCACGAUCAUCAAGAAAGAGGUCAAAAAAGAGAAAUCAGUGAACAUCUGUACUGCUGGAGGACACCAGGGAUGCUUUCUCACACCGAGGACUUCAGCCUAGAUUCCAGAGGUUAUUCCUCCGUGUACAUGAGAGAGACACAGAAAGGAAGACAGUGGCAGAAACAAUAAGAUGAGACCGUUUAAUGAUGGUAACCUCUAAGGAGAAAAGCACAAGCCAACCUGAGGCGGUGAAAUCUCUUUUAAGCAUCACCACACGUUCGCUGCAGGCAUACCUCAAUGAAAGGGACUCAGUGUAAGGGCAGAUUUUCAACAUUUUUCUGAUUGGUACAUGGGGACACUACCUUCCAUCAAUGUGGAGGAGACAAAUAAAAGGAUUGUGUUUGGCCCGGAGAACAGUUGAACAUCCAGCUGAUUUUCCAACAGGAUCGUCUCAGCUGCACUGAAACCACAGCGGUAUCACCCUCCUCUCAUUUUUUUGGCCCUGCACAUGACUUUCAGAGAAGCACCCAUGGCCUGCAGCUCAGGCAUGGUGAUGAGUGCCUUGUUUUGGUCUGUAGCCAUUGUAUAUUUGACUCAUAUUGGCAGAGUCAGUGGAGACUGCUGGUUGAUUGAGGGUGAAAAGGGCUUUGUAUGGCUUGCAAUUUGUAGCCAAAACCAACCACCUUAUGAGGCCAUCCCACAGCAUAUCAACAGCACCAUUGUGGACCUUCGUCUGAAUGAAAACAAAAUCAAAAGCAUCCAGUAUUCUGCCCUUAGUCGCUUUGCCAACUUGACCUACCUGAACCUGACAAAGAAUGAAAUCUCCUACAUAGAGGAUGGGGCCUUUUCUGCUCAGUUUAACUUACAAGUCCUUCAAAUGGGCUUCAACAAGUUGCGGAACCUGACAGAGGGGAUCCUAAGGGGUUUAGGAAAGCUGCAGUACCUCUACCUCCAGGCAAACCUGAUUGAGACUGUGACACCCAAUGCCUUUUGGGAAUGCCCCAAUAUUGAGAACAUUGACCUCUCCAUGAACCGCAUCCAGCAGUUAGACGGGUCCACGUUUACCAGUUUGACCAAACUGACCACCUGCGAGCUGUACACCAACCCUUUCAACUGCUCGUGUGAAUUACUUGGUUUUGUCAAAUGGCUCUCAGUUUUCCCCAACAGGACGAAUGAGCGAAUGGUCUGCGACUCCCCACCCGGCGUCUCUGGUUAUAGUUUAUUGAGCCAGAAUCCAAACAAUCCAACAUAUCGAAAUGCGCUUCACAUGCUCACCACUGUGUGUACUGAUGACUACGUGACACCAUUUAUUCCUAUGCCCACUGAGCCCAAUACACCCCCACCGGACUCGACACUCUGUGGGCUGGAAGAUUGUCCCUCAGGCACAGAACCAGAAGACAUUACCAUCAGUACAACCUACAAUGACGUGGAAGUAAACCCUCAGAUGAAACUGAAGCAAGUAUCAAAUACAGGCGCCACCAUCACGGUUCAGAUUCCUCUCCCCUACAAGAAGAUGUACAUCCUGGUCCUGUACAACAACAGCUUUUUCACAGAUAUUCAAAACCUGAAAGUUAUUGAGGAGGACAUUGAACUAAAAACCCUCAAACCCCACACUAACUACACAUACUGUGUCGCUUCGAUACGUAAUUCUCUUAGACACAACCACACUUGUCUGACAAUCACUACUGGCCCUUGGAAUGGAAAGGAUAGAGCUGUCAACAAUGCAACUGCUACUCACUACAUCAUGACAAUUUUGGGCUGCCUCUUUAGCAUGGUCAUUUUUCUGGGUGUGGUCUACUAUUGCUUGCGAAGAAAGCGCCAGCAAGAUGAAAAGCACAAAAAAGCAGGUAGCCUGAAGAAAAAUAUAAUAGAACUCAAAUACGGACAAGAGCUGGAGGGAGCGACUAUUUCUCGGAUGUCGCAGAAGCAGUUGUUGGCCGGGGAGAGCAUGGCACGUAUGCCAUACUUACCAUCUGCAGCUGAAAUGGAGCAGUACAAAUUUCAAGAGAUAAGUGAUACUCCUAAAAUGAUGAAAGGGAAUUACAUGGAGGUGCGAAGCGUGGACCACCAUGAACGCAGGGAGUGUGACAUGGGAAUGGCUGGGAAUAGCCAAGGGUCGGUGGCAGAGAUUUCCACCAUUGCAAAAGAGGUGGAUAAAGUCAAUCAGAUAAUUAACAACUGUAUAGACGCUCUAAAGUCAGAAUCCACCUCUUUUCAAGGGAAAUCUGGAGCAGUGUCCACUGCAGAGCCCCAGCUUGUACUAAUAUCAGAACACCCACAGAGUAAAUCUGGCCUUCUGUCCCCAGGGUAUACAGACAGCUAUCACCACUCUCUGCAGAGGCAUCGGACCUCUGAUGUCUCGCCAAAGAGGCCCAGCACUGCCACUGGAGGGCCAAUGCGAAGCCCCAGGCCUUAUCGCUCGGAAUCCAAGUACAUAGAGAAAACCUCCCCAACAGGAGAGACCCUCCUCACUGUAACACCCGCUGCCGCCAUCCUGAGGGCUGAGGCGGAGAAGAUGCGUCAGUACAGUGACCACCGGCACUCGUAUCCCGACGCUCACAUAGAGGAGCUGGAAGGACCCGACAGCCACAAGUUGUUGGAGCCUCUCAGUCACUCCCGCUCCAGAGACUUAGCAUAUUCCCAGCUGUCAUCUCAGUAUCACAAUCUAAGCUACUCCUCCAGUCCCGAAUACUACUGCAAACCUUCACACAGCAUCUGGGAGCGGUUCAAACUCCACCGGAAGCGGCACAAAGAUGAGGAGUACAUGGCUGCGGGCCAUGCUCUGCGUAAGAAAGUCCAGUUUGCAAAGGAUGAGGACCUGCAUGAUAUUUUAGACUACUGGAAAGGUGUAUCAUCCCAACAGAAAUCAUAACCUCUUUAGGUGUUUUUAAAAUGGACCACACAUUGCAGAAAUGACACAAGAACCUCAUCUGACAAUUGAAUCAAUGGAUACUUCCAUAUUAUAAUCAACUACUCACUCACCUGUAUCACAUCUCUUUUGACUGUGAGGAAAAUGGGGUAAAAAGUCUUUAAAUUUGUCAUAUUAUGUAAAGCAUUCAUCGGGAAAACUUUUAUCUAUUAAAGAGAAAAUAUAUUGCAAAUUAAUAAUAUAUAUGUUACAAUGGAUUAUAGGUUUUUGGGUAUCGCAUGGCCAAGUCCUGUGACAGUGGAUUUGCUGUUGUGUAAUAUGAAACUACUAUAUGAAGAUAUGUCUACUGAAACCUCAAUAUUUUGUUGAGGAAUUAUCUGGACCCUUCAUUCAAAAAGAACUUUUUUUUCUUCCCUCCCUGCAUAUAUUUAAUUAAACGAAACUAUGUACAGAUAUGGGUAUCUAUAUUUGCAAUGUUUGCUGUGUAAAUGGAUAAGUAUUAGUGGAUGAAUCAGGUUUAUCAAAUGGAGCGCUGUUCAUUGGGAAUAACUCGUUGCUGAAGAACGGCCACUUUAAACCUUUUUGUCAUUUUAACCGUCACCGCCUGUUUGUUUUUUUAAUUCUUUUCUUUUUUAAAAGCUUUUACAUGCAUUUAAAAUAUACAGCUGGAUUCAGUUUUAAUGUCCCCUUUAUCACACAAUGCAGUAUUCACUGCAUGGAAUCUGAUAGACUUCAUGCAGACAAGAUGCAGUAUACGCCAUGCUGUAAUGAAAGUCUCAAUCAUCAGUUUCAUGAACCAUCAUUUGUAUCUUUAGUACCAAAGUAGAAAAAGCUGAAAUGUUUACAAUAUUUCUGCACGGUCUGGGAAUCGUUAGAACAUACAGCAGUAGGUCCAUGUUGACUUUCUUUCCUUUUUUUAUUGUAUCAGUUACGAAGUGAAGACAUUGGGAAACAAUGAUAUCCACAUACAGGAUAUGGUAUUGAAAGCCUACUCUUAAUCACUAACAUUUUAAAGGGAAGGCAGCUGUACUUUGUCACCUGUUGUUUAGGUAGAGACAGCUUCCUCCCUGCAGGAGAGCCCGAUGGAUGAAUGUAACAGAUACAUAUUCUGAUCUGUCUAUGGCAGCUUUUAUGUAAGGAAAUAUUUAUUUACUGCUAUUAACGACUGUGUUUUUUCCUUUGCUUCAAUAUUUCUUCCAGUGUAUUAUAUUGCAUAAUGUCUGAUCCGAUAAAUGCAGGAAAGUAGUUUGUUGUUCGGAUGGGCCUUGUUGCUUGCCGAGAGGUUUCAUUUUCUUUUUAACUGCUAGGCUGUUCAAUCUUUUUGUAUAUUAUGAAAGCUACGUACCAGACGAAUAUCAACGUGCUAGAGUAAAAUUUGAGAAUGUGAAACUGAAUCCUCUGACUUACUGGCUGUGAAUUUGUAUAUCAUGAAAUUUUUUGAGUAAAUAUUAACGCUUUUUUCUUUGUAAGAUGUUUACAUAACAUAUUCCAAACAGGCUCAUGAUGAUUCGUUGCAUAUUCAUGGAUGAUCAAUAAAUUUGUAUUUCAACCACAGAUUGUAUAUAACAAGUGGACAUAGUCACUGUGACGUCACCCAUUCGUUUGUGAACUGCCGUUUUGAAGCCCCGAUUUUGGC